AUGAAAUUGGAUGAAGUGAAUAUAACGGAACUCAGCCCUAGUAAACUAUUGGAGUACUCAAAAAAAUGUGUUACUAUGCUUAAACAAAAAGAUAAAGAAAUAUCAUUGUUACAAGUUGAUCGAAAUCAGGCAAAUAUAGCUAUGAAAGUCGCACAUAAAUCCGUCAAUAAACUUCAAUUAGAGAUGACUAAAAUGGAAAAAAAAGCGAUAGAUGAUGCAUUUUUAAUACAGGGUCUUGAAAAACGAUUACGUAUGCAACGCGAAGAGUUUACUUAUCAAAACACCUACAAUUUGGACGUCAAACGUUUGGAAUGUGAAUUAGCCAAAAAAGCAACAGAUUUAAAGUGGGAAAAUCAUAACAAUGAUUUAUUUUUAUUGAAUCAUUCGCUUCGGGAUGAUUUGAAAAAACAAAGCGCACAACAUACAAACGAAAAAACAAAUCUGGCAGUACGAAGUUUUAAACGUUUAAAUGACAGGGCCAAUGUAAUAAAAUGUACUGCAGCUCAUUAUUUAGCCGAAAUAGAUGAAGAACAAAAAUACGCGAUUCGCUUUGUUCAAAAAAAACAUAUCCUAGAAUUACGAUCAGUUAGGUCCUUACAUAAUGAUAAUACACGUAUAUUGAUGGAUACGUACAAUAAAGAAAUCGAAGAAUUAAAAGGGGUAUAUGAAGAAAAAUUAGAUCAAUUUUUGGAAUUGUCUGAAUCGUUGCAACACAAAUUGGAGUAUAUUGCUGAAGAUAAUCAUUUUUUACAAAAACCACUCCUAAAAAGAAAUGAAUACUUAGAAAGGGAAAAUAAAAGUUAUAACAAUUGUAAAAGACAAUUAAACAGCUUUAAUAGAGAAUUACAGAGUAUUAAAGUGCGAUUAAAACAGAUAACGAACGAAAAAGAUUUAUUAGAGGAAGAAAAUCGUAAGAUUAAACUAGAUCUUGAAAACUCCGACGAAUACCAUGACAAAACAAUGAGAAACAUGGAAAGGAGAUUCAGUAUGAAAAUAAUGUUAUUAUCAAAAGAAAAGUUGUCAGCCGCUCUGAUUUUUAUCAGAGAAGUCGAUGUUGAAAUCGCCAGCCAAAACAAGUGGAAAUGUAUGGGACUUUCUACCAAAAUGAGCAAAGAAGAAUUUAACUACUUACAUGAAUUAAUUCGAAGUGAUAUCCAAAAACGGAACACUCUAUUUUGGAGAGCUAUUAGUUCUGAAGAAAGAUUAGCUGUUUGUUUGAGAAGAGACGUCAUUUAUAAUGUUGGUCUUUCAACGUUAGUUGAAUAUUCUUUGCCUAAACUUGAAUAG